AUGGGUGAGCCUGUGGAGCGGCGGCGGCUUUACAUUUGCAUGCUCCGCAAAGGUAAGCGGCGGUGGCGGCGGUGGAGACAUGAACUGCUGCGUCAGGGCUUGGGGGAAACAUGGCAAGAGGUUUUCGAAGCAGUUUUUCAACGAAACAUCGUCAUGACUGCAGCCGGCAAGUUUCGGGCCCCGGCUUUGGGUGUGAAGAACUAUAUAGCCAAACUUGCUGAGCAGCAACACCUUCCCAAGAACACCCGAAGCGGCAAGGACUGGUCUUGCUUCCAAGCAGUCAGCAGAGCUGUUCGAGACAAGAUCCAAGCCCACCAAGAAGAAUUAGCGCGGAAGUUACUUUCUUCUGACCUUGACUCUGGCUUGGCAGCGACGGCGGAUGAUCCUUUGGAGCUGCGGCACUGGACAUCAAACGUCGCACAGCAGCCCCAUUUCAUGGGCCCGGAAACGGAAUGCAUUGCCAAGUGGUUGGUGCAGUCACUGCUUUUCUAUUGGCUGCAACAGAAGAUGUUACAGCAUGAAAGAGAAGCAGCCCGACUUAGCACUGUGAGCAGCGGCAGCGGAUCAUCCGCCGCAGUCCAGCAUAUGAGCGCAUCAUCCGCAGAAGACCAGAUCAGGAACGACGUGCUGGCCACUGCCUUGGCCGGCUACCUCCCAAAAGAUAGGUGUUUGCAAUCUGCCGACGAAGCGGACUUCCCAAACGAAUUGCUUCCAAAAACGCGGUCCAGCAGCUUUGGGUUUGCGGCGCUUGCCGUUUCCGUUUCCAGCGCGAGGACAGAAUUGGCCAUGCUUCCUUGUGUUCGUGUCAUCCAAGAGGGCUCCUUGAUGGUGGCAGUGCACUGCCUACAAACAUUUGCAAAGGGAAGCAUGGCAGCGGGACAAGCCUUGAUGGCGCAGGGUUCGGCGGAGGAGUUGUUGAAAGCUGCCAAAAGCGGGGAGCUCCGCUUGGCAACUUUAAUAGGCGCCGGGGAUUUGCUCUUCCUUCCCCUUGCUUGCAUUGUGAGCCACAAAAAGCUCAUGGAGCGGACGUAUGGGGUCCGCGCGGGUGUGUUGAGCAUGAUGUUUAACGAGCGGCUGAACGCGCUAACGGCGGCAGAUGAAGACCUUCCCCCCAAUAUACUGCAGACAAUUGAAGCAGCAGUACGCGAGCAGGCAAAGGAAGGUUACGAUGUAAAUGAAGAUGAUUUCGCUGCGGCAGAACUUGAAGGCAACAAAAAGGAACCAGAAGGACCCAAUGAGGAAAAGAAACAAGACGAGCUCAACAGCGGGACAGCACCGGUCACAGUCACAGAAGCCAGAGGCGAGAGCAGCGCCAAUGCUGCAAGACCAGCACCAGAAAAUGAAGAAAAACCGCAGACAGCAGCAGCCUUGUCUGCUCCAAUCGCCAUCGCCAAAGAUGAGAAUCAAGAAACAAAAAGCCGGGCUAGCCAGGCACAAACGGCGGCCGCAAAUGAAGGCCCUGCUGUUUCUGCGGGCAGCCCUGCCAAGGUACUGAUGCGAGGAGCUUUGAACAAUGCUUCUUGUGAGGCCAUAGAGGGAGCUACGCCAAAUGUGCAGUGCGAGCCUGCCUUCAGAGUUACCUUCAACGUUGCGGGAGCGCCGACUCCAGAAAUCACAGCGCAGGAUGUACAGACAAACCAGCCAUCUGAGAAGUUGGGAUCGCUCGUAUCCCUGGGGGUAGCGAGUGCUUUGAAGGUGGGCCUCAACGAGGUUGUUGUUUCGAACCUCACCUUGGAAAGCUCUGCAGAUGCGGCUGGUGCCAACGAGUCGGUCUUGUUGAUAGUUUAUGACCUGAUCUUUGAAUUUUGCUCUUCCAGGGCAGUCGCAUCUGUGGACAAAGACUUGUUUCAAGCCGACUUCACUUCCAAGGUUCAAUUCUAUGCAGCAUUCAGUGUGCCGGCAACAGUAGCGAUGCUCGAAUUCCUGAAUCUAACCAGCACGCCGUCCACAAGUGCAUCGAGUCCGAACAAUCCUUGGGGAGGAGUGCAGCAACCAGAGCCUAGUGCUUCGGCAUCAGAUGGUAGUGAAGUGUUCUCUAUCAUUCUGCUUGUGGCAGUGGUGCUGCUGCUAGCUGUGACCCUGGCAGUUGCUGUAUGGGCAAAAAGCAGGCGGCAUACCAAUAAGGUCUCCAAUCAUCCUCAAGCUGACCUGGAAGCUCCAGAUGCAGAUGUAGAGCGGGUUCUUGCACAUGUGGCGUGCGCAUUUUCCCCAACAGACGUUGAAGACGACAAGGUCUUCCGAGAAAGUUGUUUGGAUCUCUCCGAAGGAGAUAUCGUCGAGGUAAUUGCAGGCGGCGGAGGCUGGUUCUACGGCCGCACCAUUUCCGCUUCAAGUGACAAAGGUGGCUCCCAAGUUGCUGAUCGCAUGGGCUAUUUCCCAGAGAAUCGAGUGUCUUGGGUUGGCAAAAUUCCAAGAGUCUCAGAGGAGGUCACCAGUGCAGAUCAGCACGCCUUGGUGUCGGUGGAUUUAGGGUUCUCACCGCAAGACGUUGAAGAAGGUGGUGAGACCAUGCGGGAACAUUGCUUGCAAGUGGAAGCUGGUGAACUAGUUGAGGUCUUGGCUGGUGGAGCAGGUUGGCUCUACGGGCAGGUGGCCGGGCACCCUGAGCGAGCUGGAUACUUCCCAGAGAACCGGGCGAACUGGCUCAGCGCCACCGCAGAGAAUAAGCAGGAGGCAGCCAGGAGAGCGGACAAGCACCGCUGUCGAGCAAUAUUGGUUUAA